GUGCACUUCGUCCACGGCCAGGGCGGCCGCGUCGGGGGAGUCGCCGCCAACCUGGUCUACAGGUUCAGGCGCCUGCCGACUGCCCAUGAGGUCUGGGCGGCGCUGCGCCGAGGGGCGGGCCAGGGCUACGGCGCUCUGCCCGUCUCGCCUUUCUUGCUGACGGUGUCGGCGGUGAACUGCGCGGGGCUGCCGGCGGGGACGGUGGAGCUGGCGGAUCCUGCUCUGGGGGUGCCCCCGCUGCCGGCCGCCGGGCUCGCCGCGCCGCCCGCCGCGGCCGCUGGGCCCUUGGCGCUGGCGGCGCCGCCUGGCGCUGUGGCUGCCGCCGGAGGCCCUGGCGCCGCUCUAGUGCCGGUGGCCGAGGCGCCGCCACUGCCCGCGCCGCCUGCCGCGCCGAUGCGGGCCCCCGCUGUGCCCGACUCGGUGCCUCUCGCACCCUUGCCGACUGGCGAGCAGGCGGCGGGAUGGCACUGGAUCGCCGCGGAGGAUGUCGACGGGGCGGCCAAUUUCGGCGCGAAGGUGGCGGUCGGGGUCCCUGGAGGCGCGACCUUAGUUGGUCGCGUGGGUCGGCGGGGCUUGCUGUCGCUGGCGGGCGGCUUGGGAGCGAGCGUGGUGCUCCUGCAGGACGCCGAGCUGCCGUGGUUAACGCAGGAGUGCCGCGGCAGUGGCGCCUGCACGCUGGAGAUUCCGCCUGGGGCUGGACAGCCGGGCGAGAACGGCCGAGAGUGGCGUGAGGUGGUGGGGCUCUGCCGCGAGGAGGCCGCCCCUGGCUUCGGGGUCGCGCCGCCCAGGGCGGCGCAGUGGUGCGCGAAGUACCAGGUGAAGGAAGGCGGCCCUGUCCUCCAUCAUGAGAUGUGGAAGUCAAAACGCAAGCUGAAUUCGUCCGACUUUGGAAUCGAUAUCCACGAGACCAUCUCGAAGAUGCUCGAGUUGAUGGGCUUUAGCGACCACCUGGAAGUCUUCAAUUUUUCGAGCGCGGAGAUCGGCUACAGGAAGCUCCAGUUGAUCGAGCGCUACUGGUGCGACAGGAGAGGCCUGGUAGGCUCACGCUCUCCCUCGACGCUGUGCCCGGAGCUGCUGGACACGGUCUCGAAAGAACUGGAGAGGAUCCACGGCAUCAAGAAGAACGCGAGGAAGCUUCGGGAGGAGCAGAAGGCUGCCAAUGGCAGGAAAGUCGCGAUGAUGGAUCCGCCCCCGGGAUUGCCUCGGCCCAGGGGUGAGGCAGCAGAGGUCGCGGGCGGGGGCGACGACCACCUGCAGCGCGCGCUCCUGCCCCUGCCAGUCCCCGACUGGUGCUACGCAGCUGCCUGCAGCUGGCGAGGGUGGCGGCGGCCGUGCAGCGCGUCGCUGUCGCGCCCGCGGGACGUGGCAGGGCGAGCUCGUCUCAGAGCUCGUGAUGGCGUUCAGGGCAGCGACGCCCCGCCGCGCUGCGCGGGGGCGGGGCCCAACCUGAUGCAGCAGCUGUGUUUGGAGUUCCUCGCCGAGAGCUGCGCGGCGAUGGUCGGCGCGGGCUACUCUGACGGCGAGCCCGUCACGGUGGCCCCCUUCGCGCGCGAUCUCGCGUCCCUGCCGGCGGUGGGCGGUGCGCCGGUGCCCCGUGGGCCAGCUGCUGGGCCCUACCUGGACCCAGCGCUGCGGCAGCUCGCGGCGCACCUGGCCUUCGUCGAGGGGGUGGGGGGCGGGGGCGCGCUGGAGUUCCAGGUGGGCGAGGGUGAUUUUGAGGGGGUCGGUCUCUGUGCCGCUUGGAAGAAAGAUGGUCGCCAGCGCUUGGUCAUCGACUGCAGAGGCAGUAACUUCAGGUUCGACGAGCCCGAGAAGACCUGUCUGGCGUCGGGCGGCAGCUUCAGUUCCAUCGAGCUGGCGCCAGGAGAGGUGCUCUGGGCGGCAGGCGUGAACGUCGCGGACGCCUUCUACAACGUGCGCCUGCCGUCAGAGCUCAGGCACCUGGUCGCUCUGCCUCGGCUCCGCGCGUCCCAGCUGGGC